CCAUCUUGCAGCUAUACGUUCCCCCUAGUACAAUUUUCCACAUUUUUACGUUUUCUCUCCUUUGUGCCCUCCUUUCAUCCCUCAGUCGUGUUCCCUUAGUUCCCCGUCAUGUUCCCGCCCUCCUUUUCUCCACACAUGCUGUAAUAGGCACCCACUCUCACACACACAGAGGGAGCGACAGACAGGAACAGAAUACAAAACGGACUUGUCGACCCGGGAAGGAUUCAGAUUUCAGAUUUCUUUUUAAAAUUUGAUAUGACAAGAGGAACGGGUUGUAAGACAAAUAUAUCCUUUGCUGUUUUUCUUUUGUCUCCUGAGGUAUUUCGAGAUGUUCUCUCUUUCUCUUUGUCCCUCCCUCUUUAUCGCUCCUUUGCUGCAUUUAUUAGACCCUUUGAGUCUUGAGUGAUUUCAGCUGUGAGGAAAUGAAAGGUUAUUUAUUUUUCUUCCCCUUCUCUCCUUUGGCUGUAUUGAUGCUCCAUACAGCAGGAGGCAUGGUGAGGCUCCCUGGUUUCUCGAUCUCAGGGACUUGAGCUUGUAGUCUUUGAAGGUAGGGAACCAACUACGGAGGUGUGAUAUGGCAAGACGGAAGAGCCGGGCAACAUCAGCAAGUGCGAGAGUAGAACUGCUGUCGUACGGGAGAAGAGAGGAGAGGAGCAACAGACAGCAACAGUCGUUAGUUUUCUCCAUUUUCUAUGCCAAGAAAUUGGGUUUGUUUUCAAGGCAGAUGUGCGUCCACGUGUAUUUGAAUGGCUUGUUUGUACGAGGAAGCGCCUUUCUGCCUGCAUUUGCUUCGGCUGUCAACUUAGUGGCAUGCGUACAAAAGACUUGCAUUUCUUGACUCCUCGCUGCCUCAUUUCUCCUGGCUCUUAUUCAUGAGUUGUCAUGCAUUUGCAAUAGCUGCAUGGAUUCAUUGACGUAGUCUUUGUUCCCUUCUGCUUUGCCUUUGCGAACCGCAAAGCAUCACAUAGGAAUUCUUUCGUUUGAUAAAAAGAGUAGAUUUAGUUGUCUGUAGUCUCUCAUAGUUUGUACAUUUACACAAGCAGUAAUUCUACCCUGGUUCCUCAAAACGUACGCUUGACUUUAUUUCUCGUUCACCUCAUGUAACCCUUGUAAUCGUUCUUUGCCUCUCUCUCUGUGGCUCUCUCCGCCGCUCUCGCCGUCGCUCUCUGGCUGGCCGCACAUGGUACAGUCCUGCAUGUCUGAGCAGCAGACGGCGAGACAGCAGCAAUCUGCUAAAGCAGCUCCAUGUGCUCGUCUCAUCCAUUUUCAACAACGCCCAUGCAAGCGCUCCUAAAAUGUUUUUCUCUCGCUCUCUCUCUCUUGCCAUCCUUUUCUCAUAUAGAUGCCUUUGGUUCCAUUUUGUCGGGCCACAUGCUCUUCCUCCCUCUGCGAGGAUUGAGCGAUGGAGAGGCUCACAGAGAUGACUGCGGCAGCCAUCGAGACAGCAGUCAACCGGUGAACAGCAGUGCUGCGGGGAUCAUUUCAUUUCUACUCCUUUACUGUGGUGGUUGAAAAAUCCUCUUAUAAAUUCACUGUGAGGAUGCGGCCACAAGAAACCUUGAAGCACGACAACCCCAGCAGCAAUGUCUUCCCAUAAAAGAAUGAAUAUGACAAGAAUUCCACUCUGGCAGAUAAAGUGGACACCUAAACCAAGUUGCAUGCUGAUCCUCCUAAUCUUAGUUGGAGGAUUAAAGCACAAGGAGGCUUGCCUGAGGUCCAGCCAUGAAGCUCUAACCAUUCAGGCUAGAUCUCAUCUGCUGGAUAGAAUGCCUUCAUUUCCGAGUAUGAAUAAGUGGUCCUUGUCAGAGGUUCUGGGCCAACGGAGACGACUGUUGGGCCUUGGCGCUCUGCUCGCCUGGUUGGUCCUCUUCCAUCUCCUGGUCAACGUUUGGCUCCUCUGCGUCUUCACCAGUCUGCUAGUUGUUUUGGGAGGCUGGCUUGGGUCACGCGCCAUUCUGGAUGCCAACAACCUUCUCCACUUGGAGCAUUUCUUGCCCCUCGGCGGUGCAACUCCGCCUCAGUGUUCAGCUGAACAAGAGUGGAGGCUCAAUCAGGAGAUCCACAGCGCCGUCCACAAGGCGGUGCGGGAUUUUGUAUCUUCAUGGUAUCGCACCCUACUGCCAGAAGUGGAAGGCGAAUUUGAGCGCGCAGUGCGUAAUUCCAUGCUGGAGUCGGUGAUGGAGUUGAAGGAACGUGCCAGGCGGGUCGACAGAAAAGUACUAGUCCAACGACUUUUAGAGCUUUAUGGCCGCCACCUGCAGAGCUACAUGACAGCCAGACGCGUGCAGCUGGAGACGCGGAAUGCCAAGAUUAGCCUUUGGCAGCUCUACCAGGAAGUAGACAGCCCUCAUCCAGCUGUGAGCAAUGCGACCACUGAGCUGGGCUACGCCAGAGCUCUGGUGAACCUCGUCUUGCACGUGCUUGUCCCAUACCCUCAGAUGGAAACCAGAACGGGAGGGUACAUGGUUACCGAACUCAUCACCUGCAACGUAUUUCUGCCGCUCAUAAGUAGGCUUUCCGAUCCCGACUGGCUCAACCAAACCAUUGUGGAUGUUUUCACCAGGUCACAAAAACCGCAAGACGGCGCCCUGUACCGGUGUGCCCUCAAUGAUUCGUGGAUGACCUGCCUGUCGUCUUCGGAUCGAGUAAGCGAGAGCAACUCUGAGCUGUUCAGACCUGUGAGUGAGGAGGACUCCUCUCAGUGCAGUAUGCUGAGCCUCGAGACUUGUUCCACGAAAGCUGAGAAUUGCCACGCCGGCCUGCUCGUGCCUUGCAAGAUCAACUGCUGCUCCCAUGCACCUGGCCACUACUCACCGCUCGCAGGCUCCAAGAUGCUCUCACUGGAUUCCCUGAUGCAGUCCGACACGGAAGAAGACACAACCAGACGCUUGUGCGAUUGCGGUCCUUCCCCCAACUUCUGCAACUCGAUCAAUUUAAAGGAUGACGCCGAUGAUUUUGGCUGCUUGGCCCCGUUGAAGAAUCUCGGGCCGAAGGUGGCGGUGCCUGUGGAUUUGCCAUGGCCUGCAGGUGUUGCUCAAGAAAAAAACCCCACCGGUCCUUCAAGCAGGCUUUGCCUUAGCCCCUUCAACUUCGAGGCUCCAAACAAACCAUCGCCGGGCAUCCAAAAUGUGCAAAUUGCGGGAACAGUCAGUGCGAGGGAGCAGCGUGGCACUGGAACACAUCCUUAUACUCUCUACACUAUCACGUUUGAGACAGCAACAUGCCCGGAAAACAGUGACCUUUUGCAACCAGCGACCUGUCACUCGGUGAACCGCAGAUACAGCGAGUUCCUCAACCUGCAGACGCGUUUAGAGGAGAACCCGGAAGUGAAGAAGUUUGUUAAGAAUGUUAAAGGUCCAAAGAAAAUGUUUCCAGACCUCCCCUUUGGGAACACGGAUGGCGAGAAGGUGGAAGCUCGUAAAGGUCAACUGGAUACGUUCCUUAAGCAACUGAACAGCAUACCAGAGACCGCGAGGACCGAGGACAUGCAGGAAUUCCUGUCUCUAAACUCAGGGGGUUGCACAUAUUUUGGAAAAAAGCCUUUUUCCAAGUCAAGAAUUGAUAAGAUGAUGGAAAACGCCUUGGACACUUUGAAGACUGCCUUUCCAUACCCUGAAGCCAUGAGUCCAACAGAGGACCUUGAGGGAGACUCUGAUGGGAGAACACUGGACAGCAGGAAGUACAGGCGGCUCAUGUUCCCAAGCAAAGUGUCUCCGUCCCUCAAUAUACCCGACUUACAUCCGAAAGUGACGUACUGCUUUAGCGAAGGCAGCCCCGUGCUUCACGGCAUGUCCUUAUCCAGAUUGGAAAGUUUUGUCCUGGAGCAGGAAAGACUUUUAUGCCAGCCGCAAAGCAAAGAGCAAGCCAAGCGCAGGGAGUCUUCGGGCACAGACAAGAAGACUUUAGGGAAAUGUCAGAGUGCAGACACAGCUGUGGCGGAUGUUGCGCUGAACAUCUUGUGUUUGUUGAUGAAGGAACAGUGGAGUUGGCUGUGCACCGAGAACAUCCAGAAGGCCAUCAGACUUAUCUUUGGCACUUUUAUUGAGAGAUGGAUGGACGUGGGCGUGGCCCACCUGACCAGCGCCCCCUGUUGGGUCAUUUACCUCCAAGUUCUGCAGGAGGCCGUGUGGCCCGGUGGCACUUUGCCUGCCCAACCGCAGCCGGAACGCAGUGCCGCAGAGAGAGAGGAAACCAAGGAGCGAUGCUUGGAAUGUCUCCUGCAGCUACUUCCGGAGUUCAUCACUGACAUGUUAGGCAGUGACAAGUACAGACUGAGCUUGGAAACCAUGCUGGAGUCUUUACAGGACCACCACAUAAACAAGCAUCUGGUUUACUGCAUCUGCGACUUGCUGCUGGAAUUUCUGAUACCGGAAUCAAGUGAUGACUCCUUCCAGCGAUCUCUUUUGCAUAGUCUGUGCAAAGAUACUCCCGCCUGACGGCCACAUUUCACCACAGCUGGAAGUCCACGCUGACAUGACGGAUUCAUACCAGGGCUGUGUGAGUUAAGGCCAUGAAGGACUCACUAGAUUCUUGGUCAGUAUCCACAGAUCGUAAGUUUUAGGUUGACAAACUCAUUUUUGUGCUCAAAUAUAUUGUGUAUGUAUUUUUUUUAAAUAUUGCUCAACGUGCACACGAGGUACAAAUAUGCAAUGUCAUGAAAUCCAAAAUAAGCAUUGAAAAUGUUGCAUUUAAAAAAGGUAAUGUUCAGUUUUUAUUGACAUUAUAAAAUUGGUUAUAAAAGAUAAAUAUGAAUGCAAGAAAUGUCAAAGUAAUCAAGCAUGGCGUAAAGUAGCAUUAUCACACAUCAGAGUUAACAAAACAUUUAUAUUAUCCUAUGCAGGCUAAAUGCUAUGCUAUAUUAGAGUGACGUAUUUUUACUGAGCCACUGGAAGCAAUAUGUUUAUUAUAAUCAUUAGCAAUGCUGAAAGCUGUUUUUAAUGCCGUAUCCCAUCCCAAAC